AAUGGGUGGAGCUACAACAGGGAUAUGCCCGAGCUUGUUGCUGUUAUCCUCAGUAUUGAGAGUCCGAUCUAGAGUCUCCUGCAGCAGCCCGAGUUCCAGUGCAGUUCCCCCAACUGCCACCAGAUGUCACCACCCUUCCAGACCUUUGUCUUCCUGGACCUGGAAGCAACAGGGCUCAGAGACGACCGUCCCAGAGUGACAGAACUCUGCCUGGUUGCCGUUCAUCGCUUCUCCCUGGAGCACCCCCCUGGAGGGGGCAGAGAGGGGCCCAGGCUUCCCCGGGUCAUGGACAAGAUCUCCCUCUGCGCCGACCCACACAAACUGGUCUGUCAACGUGCGCUGGAGCUCAGUGGCUUGAGCAACGAGAACCUGACCGAAAACUGCAAGCCCGCUUUCGACGAGGUGGCCGUGUCUCUCGUCAACGGCUUCCUGCAGAGGCAGGCCCCUCCGGUGUGCCUGGUGGCCCACAACGGCUUCCUCUACGACUUUCCUCUCCUGCGCACGGAGCUCCUGCGCCAGGAUUCGGAUCUCCCCCCCGGUGUCUUCUGCGCCGAUUCCUACAAAGCCCUCCGAGAUAUUCUCUGGGACCCCCAAACCCCGCAGAACCACAGAGGCUACAGCUUAGCCGCGCUCUACAAGCGCUUCUACCGGCGCUACCCCCCUGUGUCUCACUGCGCUGAAGCAGACGUGAGCACCCUCAUCGCAGUGUUUCUCAGCCAGGCCAGUGACCUGCUCGCCUGGGCUGAUCUGAACGCCCGCCCCUGGGAAAGCACCCCCCCUAUGUACAACCCCAGCCCCCGAAAACCACUAAGGACGUCCCAAGAAGUUCAGAAUGGAGGUACACCCAAAGGACAGGUGAAGGCGGUGAGAUCGAGCCAGGCUUUGGGAUUGGGCUAGCUCUGUAGAAACGCACCGAUUAUCAGGCAUGGACAGUUAUCAGGGACUUUCCUUUGAGUGGGAAUUUUAUAAUGAAAUGUAAAUCCUUGUUUUUAUUUGUCCCCUCACUGUUGAUGCAAUGUAAUGGUCAUAUUGAACUAAAGUGUUACAGUACUAGUAAAUAUGAAUCUUUUUUUACUGUUUUUUUUUUUUUUUUUUUUUUUUUUUUGUAAUGCUGGGGGGAAUAUAUAGGCUUUUAACAUACUGUUAUAAAUGGCAGAUGAACACGUGCACUGCAGUGUGCAAUGGUAAUUAAAUCAAAUCUCGUGUAGUUUUUAUUCAAUUUUAGUGUAUUUUAACAGAUUGGAAAGCAAGUUUGUAUGUGUUUCAAAAUAAACUACUGGAGAUCAGGUACAGUAAAUCGUGUUUUAAAUCGAUAAAAUAAAAAUGUUUUUAAUAAACAA